AUGAGUACAAAAAACUUUCGCUUCUACAUUAAAGUACAUACUACACUUAACCUUCAAACAAGAGUAAUUAUUCACGAUGAAUUUUAUUUGGUUUAUGGUGUUCAAGCUCCUUCUCUCAGAACAGUUGAAAGAUGGUCCCAGCUGUUUUGUGAAGGUCGAGAAGAAAUAGAAGAUGAAGCACGCCCUGGCAGGCAUAUUACUGAAACAACGUCUGAAAAUAUUGAACAGGGCCGCCUUCUUAUCAAUGAUGAUCGUUACAUUACACUAGAAGAAGUGCAACAGCAAACUGAUUUAAGUUACUGCAUCAUUCAGCGAAUCAUCAUCAAUCAAUUAAAACUUAAGAAGAGUACCGCUCGUUAUAUACCCAAGGAUGUGACCGAUUUUCAACGAGCUCAACGAGUUCAAAUAUACAAGCAAAAUUUAGCAAAACUUCAAACAGGAACAUGGCAUUUAUUUGAUCUAACAACUGGUGAUAAGUCGUGGUUUUAUCAUAAACAAAUCGGUCGAAAGUCAUCUAAUGCAGCGUCGGUGAGAAGAGAAGACCCUCCACCUAUUGUGGUUUGA